CUGUUAUUCUUUUAGAAAAAGGGACUAUUUUUGUCCACAUGUUUCAUAAGUGAUGUUAAAUAUAAGUGAUUUAUUAUUUACUGGAUGGGUAUGCUGUAUUCAUUUCAGAAUUGCUAACAAUCAUGCAGAUGAAGUUAGACAUGGCUACCCCAUGUCAUCGCCAGUGGCACUUAAUAAUGAUUUUAAGUUGUGUGGAGAGAUAAUGGCAAUGUCCAUAUUACAGGGUGGACCAGUUCCAAAUAUCUUAAUGCCAGCAGUUGCAAAUUAUCUUCUUGGCAAGCCACUUUCUACAAAUGAUGUCAAGGAUAAAAGUUUAAAAACAGUAGUUGACAGGUUAUCAAGUGCUGCAACUGAUGAUGAAGUAAAAGAAGUCACAACCAGUGAUGCUGUAUUAGAUGUUUUGGACAGCAUUGGUUACAUGAGUAUCCCACAAAAGGAAACAGUUGCAUCUGUGAAGUCCAUCAUACAAUGGAUAUGUCUUAAAGAUCAGCUAAGUCCAUGUUUGCCUUCACUUCUUCAACUUCAAUGUGGGUUGGAUACCUGUAGCUUGCUUAAAGCAAUCAAGGAAAAUCCAGAUGUAUGUGAACUCUAGAAAAUCUCAGCAGAGGUACUUAUAAUUAUGAUUCAAUUCGCUUUUUAUUUGCAGCAAUUCUUUCUAUUUGCUGCAACUCUUUCUAUUUGCUGCAAUUAUUUCUAUUUGCAGCAUGUCCC